UAGGUCACCAGGAAGCAGAAGCACAGACCAAUCAGAGGAGACAGCUAGUCACACCUGCUGUUAAUCAGUCUCUCCUCCAGCUCCUGAGUCACUUUCUGGAGAUCCUUUGUUUGGCACACAUGUGCUGUGACUGGUGACUCUGUUCUGUGUGUAUUGUGGCUGGUGGGAACCCCCAUUCAACGGUGUGGCUGAAAUGCUGGGAGUUCACUUUAGAUGGUGAUAUGGUUUGUGGUUGCACAUUGAAUUAGUGUGGUGUGUUUAUUUGAAGUGUUGGGUUUAUAUUUAUUUUGAAUAUCUAGUAUACUCCCAGUGUCCUAGGCAGUGGAUGGUUGGUUUCCCAGUCGUGAUAUGACUGUCUGUCCUCUUGUCUUUUCUUGACUGUGUUUUAUAGAGUUUUAAAUAUUGUAAAAUAAAUGGCAUGUGUUUGACCCACACUGACUGUUGUGGCCUCCUUAAUUGAAGCCCCUGUGCAUGUUCAAUCAAUCCAUAAGGUUACAUUUGGCGUUGUCGGCAGGAUUGAGAAACAGUCAGUGUGUGGUACAUGUCAUAGUUUAGUUUUUUUGGUUUGAUAAAAUAUUAAACGGCAGUCGGUGCAGAAGACUGAAGGGGUCAUCAAGGCUGGUUCAUCACCCCAAGGCGCAGAAGAUGCUGUAAUCCCACUUCUUCCUUGGGUUGUAAAGAGUGGUUAAAAUGAGUGAAACUGAGGAACAAUUAGCAGCCCUGCGUGAGCAGCUCAGAGCCCUUCAAGUUGAAAAUGGACUUUUAAAAGAAGUUGCCAGUAACUCAUACGCCUCUAGUGCCCCUGCUUCUGCCCCCAGAAUUGACAGAACUGUUUAUGUCCCACGUGAAAGGAGGUGCCCAAAGUUUUAUGGUGAUCAAGACCAACCUGAUAGCAUUGGCUUGGAGGAUUGGGUGGAGGAAGUUGAAGCCUGUCUGGAAGGGCGCCAAUUCUCUAACAGAGAAAAAGCUAUUUUCCUCCUUGAUCAUCUGGGAGGUGAACCACGGAGUGAGAUCAAGCACAGACCACGUAGAGAAAGAGAGGACCCUCAAAAGAUCAUUGACAUUUUACAAUUACUGUAUGGUGGUAAAAAGCCCUUGGUUGUACUGCAGCAAAGGUUCUAUGAACGUAGACAGCAGGAGGGGGAGUCACUGAGACAGUUUUCUCAUGCAUUAAUGUCAUUAAUGAAUGCUGUUCUUGAUAACGAUCCAGAUGCAGUUCCGAACUCAGAGGUGGCCCUGAGAGACCAGUUUGUGGAACGCGUCCGGGAUGCAACGUUACGGCACCACCUGCGGGAAGUGGUGAGAGGUAAACCCGGAAUGUCACUGAUCGAAAUCCGAGAAGAAGCUAUCAGAUGGGGUGAGGAUUUUGAUAAAGGGAGCAAUUUCCAUUCCUCCCAGUGCAAUGUUACACGAGCUGACAUAACUGCCACAUCAGUGCAAGAGCCAAAACAGUCUCCAGAGGUUCUGGCCAUCGCAGAACUAAUAAAGAAUCAACAGACUCAAAUUUCCUCUUUAACACAACAGUUUCCCUGCAGUCAAUGUUUGAGCAGACCACAGCCAAAUUCAGAAAGGAACAAAAGUGCCUACGUUGUAAUAAACCAGGUCACAUUGCUCGAUAUUGUCGCCAGCCCAUGCCCACGACUUUGA